CGGGGCGGGGCGGGGCGCUCGGGGAAGGCGGAAGCCGCGCUCGGUAGGCGGCAGCACCGGGAUCGCGGAGUCUGCGCUGCGCGGAGCGGGGUUGCGGGCUCGGCGGCUGCGAAGACCCGGCGCCCGGAAGCCUCUCGCUCUCUUUGACGCAGAGCGCGGACGAGCCGCCGUCGGCCGAGCGCUUGGACGGGGCCCCGGGAGUCGGUCCGCUCGAGCCCCGGCCCCCGCCGGCGCCGUCCCCGCGGCCAUGGAGUGUCCGCACCUCAGCGCCAGCGUCUGCAUCGCGCCCGACUCGGCCAAGUUCCCCAACGGCUCCCCUUCGUCCUGGUGCUGCAGCGUGUGCCGGUCCAACAAAAGCCCCUGGGUCUGUUUGACUUGUUCAAGUGUCCACUGUGGAAGGUAUGUGAAUGGCCAUGCAAAAAAACAUUAUGAAGAUGCACAAGUACCCUUAGCCAAUCACAAGAAGCCAGAAAAGCAAGACAAAGCUCAGCACACUGUGUGCAUGGACUGCAGUAGCUACAGUGCUUACUGUUACCGCUGUGAUGACUUCGUGGUGAAUGACACCAAGUUGGGACUGGUGCAGAAAGUAAGAGAACAUUUACAGAACCUGGAAAACUCUGCCUUCACAGCCGACAGACACAGGAAAAGAAAACUUCUGGAAAAUUCAUCACUAAACAGCAAGUUAUUAAAAGUAAAUGGAAGCACCACUGCCAUUUGUGCCACAGGCCUUCGGAAUUUGGGGAACACGUGUUUCAUGAACGCGAUCCUUCAGUCACUCAGUAACAUUGAACAGUUUUGCUGUUAUUUCAAAGAACUGCCUGCAGUGGAGCUGAGGAACGGGAAGACGGCCGGGAGGCGGACCUACCACACCCGGCGCCAGGGCGAGGGCAGCGUAUCUUUGGUGGAAGAGUUUCGAAAGACUCUCUGUGCUCUAUGGCAAGGUAGCCAGACUGCAUUUAGCCCAGAGUCCUUAUUCUACGUUAUUUGGAAGAUUAUGCCAAAUUUUAGGGGCUACCAGCAGCAGGACGCCCACGAGUUCAUGCGCUACCUGUUGGACCACCUGCACCUGGAACUCCAAGGCGGCUUCAACGGGGUCUCGCGCUCAGCCGUCCUGCAGGAGAACCCCACGCUGUCUGCCAGUAACAAAUGCUGCAUAAAUGGAGCAUCUACAGUGGUCACGACUAUCUUUGGAGGCAUUCUGCAGAAUGAGGUUAACUGCCUCAUAUGUGGAACAGAAUCUAGAAAGUUCGAUCCAUUCCUAGACCUUUCAUUAGAUAUUCCAAGUCAGUUCAGAAAUAAGCGUUCUAAGAAUCAAGAAAAUGGACCAGUUUGUUCAUUACGAGAUUGUCUUCGCAGUUUCACUGACUUGGAAGAACUUGAUGAAACAGAGUUAUACAUGUGCCACAAAUGCAAAAAGAAACAAAAGUCUACGAAAAAGUUUUGGAUUCAGAAACUACCCAAGGUGCUCUGCUUACAUUUGAAAAGAUUUCAUUGGACAGCAUAUUUAAGAAACAAAGUCGAUACAUAUGUAGAAUUUCCACUCAGAGGCCUAGACAUGAAAUGCUACUUACUAGAGCCUGAGAACAGUGGUCCAGAGAGCUGCCUGUACGACCUCGCCGCUGUGGUGGUGCACCAUGGGUCAGGAGUUGGCUCUGGACAUUACACGGCAUACGCCACUCACGAAGGCCGCUGGUUCCACUUCAACGACAGUACUGUGAUGCUGACCGACGAGGACACCGUUGUGAAGGCAAAAGCUUACAUCCUUUUUUAUGUGGAGCGCCAGGCCAAAGCCGGAUCAGAUAAACUCUAAUACCUCUUCUCAAUCAUUAUUCAUCAACUAUACCGGACAAACAUUUCCAAUUUUCCAUAAAUACUUGAUCCAAGAGUUAAUUUCAUUAUGCACUUUUCAAUUUCCUAUUUUGGGUUUAGUUUCGUCAGUGGUAGUGACUUAUUGAACUUGGGCACCAACUAAUUUUUGUUUUUAGUUCUACCAGAAAACCUCAGCAGAUAUUUUGAUUUGCUGCUUUAGUUGUAAUAAUUGUUUUAUAUGUUAGUUCCAAGGACUUAGUUCUAUUUGACAUUUUUUAUAUUAAUGCGUUCAGUUCUCACUGGGAGGCACAUUCAUGUCAAAGCUUUUGUUAGUCACAUGCUGAAAGCAAGAUCUGUUCGGAGUCGUGAGGAGCAAGCUCCCUGCCUGCCACCUUUCCCCAGAUGGAGUGGAGAUUAGGUUGGUCCUGAAUCGAAGCUCAUGGGUGCACGGAUCUGGGGGUCCACAGGCUUCAGUGAUGCUUAGUAGCAGUCCUUUUAUCAGAGAUGAAUGAGGCAUCAUGAGGUAGACCAGGCAGUUCCACCCAGACAUUGCCACUCUUAGCAUCUUUCAAGCCUGCUGUUUAUCAGCCUUACCUAAAUAAAUUUGUUGGUUCAGUUGUAACUGUACUGCAGAUUGAAAAAUUGCUGAUUUUUGUUUUGUUUUUUUUCCUGUUUAUUGGGAAUUUGUAUUUGUGCGUGUUUUUUACAUGAAGAAGAUAGUAUAGAAAAGUCCAGGUAAUACCAAAUGCAUCGUGCUUAAAAUUUCCAACUCAGCUCCAUGGUAUGUGUUACCCAAAUAGAGGAAAGCACGGGAUUUCUUCCUUUCAGUUAGCAUCUCAUCGCCACUAGUUGUAGCACUGACGGUCACUGCAUGUCUGCUAUGCGUCAGGAAAGGGCUUGCUGCUCAGGAGGCCUGGCUGCUCAGUGGGCCUAGCCUGAUCGCAGAUAAGUUGCAAAUACUCUCCUGUUGUAUACGUAGAGCUUCUAUUCUUGAGUUUGUCUUCACUUGAUUCUAUUUAGCCUUAUUUUAUUUUAGUUUAAUUCUAUUCUGGAGUAAUCUUCAUUUUAAAAUUAUAAAAAAUGUGGAAAAACACUAUUGAGAUUUAACUUGUGUUGAAAUUUGGAACCAGAAUCCUAUCUGAAAGUAUUUAUGAUUUUUGCCAUUAUUCCAAAUCAGUCAGUUGGCUUUGGGGUGGUGUUGUUAUUACUUGAAAGUUACUUCUAAGCAGAAAGAGCUCCAAAAUAAGCCAGUAGGGGUGGGACCACACAGUUCGUAUGUUAUUCUUUUGUCCCAAUAAUUUUCUUCCCUUCUCAGUUUUCUACAAGUUGUUAGAAGAGGCAGAAUGUAUUUUAUGUUAAGCCAGCCAACAAGAUUUUUGGUAAACUUGCUUUUUUCUAUUAAAGGGGAAAAAUGGUCAAUAUUCUAAAGUGUAUGACUAUAAAGUCUGAUGGCUCUCUUCCUUGACGUCUAAAUGAAGUUGCAGGAGCAAAUGUGGCUCCAUUUCCACUUAGAAUUAGCUGGCUAAAAAAAUCUUCAUUUCUUAGAGCAGAACACAUCUGCUAUAUACUUUAAUAUGAUGAGGCCCAAACUGCAAUUAUGUAUAAACGUGUACUAUCCCAAUACAGUGGCCACUAGCCAAAUGUGGUUAUUUCCAUUUCAGUUAACUUCAUUUAAAAACUCAGUUCUUCAGUUACACUGAGCACAUCCAAGGCUGGGCAGUAGCUGGCUUAACUGUGGCUGUGGGGUUCCUGUCGGGGUGUAGAUUUCUUCCGGAUAGCGCAGGUCUCAAAUUUUGCCCUAGAGAGAAACUUUGCCAUCAGGUUUAGAUCUGACGAGAAUCUCGACCAGUUUCCCAAAGUGAGCAGCACUGCCCUUACGGAGGAAGGGAGCAUGGUACCACGUUGGGCUGGUUGUGGGACUGGGGUGUACUUUUGUUUGGUCACUUAAGGUGCAUUUCUGGAGAGUGAGGUGCCAAGUGAAUUUUAGGGGAAGGCACACCAAAUGUGCUUGGGAAACUCUGGUCUAAAGGGAAUUAUGUAUUUUAAAAUGUUUAUAAUGCUAAAUUAAAGUAGAUCAGGCAUAUGGAAUGGUGAUGGUUUUUAUCUAAAAAACAUUAGUUUCACAUCAUUUGAUUUAGUAUGUAGCACAGCUAAUUGACCUGACACAUGCCUCUCCUGUGACCUUGCUGAGUCCCUCAGUGAGGACGAGCCCAGGCUCUUUUCCUUAGCUGGUCCACGGCCACUAGUGUCUAACAGUUGCUCCAAGAGUAUCGGCUUCUGAGUGGGCAGCUGAUGUGACUUCAUUACCCCAGGCAGGGCUGGUGAGGAAAGGCCCUUUCAUACCAAAUGGAACUCAGUACAAAGUGUAUCAGUUUAUUAGAGAAAAUGGUCUUUAGACAGGCAGCACUUGAUAUGAGAUGAACACUUUUUUUUUGGUAGUACUUAAUUAUUGCUCAGUUUUAUGUAAGCAUCCAAAUUAUAUCAUGAAGUCCCUUUGGAAAAGCCCUUGCACCCAUUGUUUGAACUGUGUGCUCGCGCACCAAUGAUGUAAAUGUGCCUGUUUGUAUUUGAAAUUUUUAACUGUGUAGCUUCAUUAUACUUAUUUUAAAAGCUG